AUGGCCGACGUCCCUAUGACAUCGACGUCAACAUCCACUUCGACUUUGGCAGCUUCUGUAUCUCAACUGCCUAUCAAUCUCUUCACCAGAUCAACAUCAGAUGCCAUACCUCAAUCAACAUAUUUCAUCCCUUCUUCAUGGAGAAGAUUUCAAUUAUCCGAACUCAUCAAUAAAGUAUUACAGAACAAUAAUGACAACGGUAAAAAACCAGUGCCCUUUGAGUUCUUAGUGAACGGUGAGGUCUUGCGAGGAAGUUUGGAAAAUUGGGUCAAAAGAAAUAGAGGUGGUGAUGAAGAAAGUACUUUAGAUAUUGAAUAUGUCAGAAGUACUUUACCACCCCAAGAAGCUGGUAGAAUAGAGGUCGAAGAUUGGGUCAGUGGUUUAUCGUUGAAUCGAAGAGGAUAUAUCCUCUUGUCUUCAUACCUCUCACAUGUCCAAAUACUCCCUCUAUCUUCAACCGCCUCAACUUCAUCAGCCCUUUACACAUUACCUUUACCAACUUCUCUGGGUGCGACUUGUUGUACGUGGGUAUCACCUUCGACUCAAGAAAACGACAUACUUCUUGCUGCAGGAGGAGUAGAUCGAUUAACUCAUAUUUUUAACUUACCUUCUUUAUCACCUGACAACACCGCUUCUCCAAGGGAGAUUUAUACUUUACAUGGUCAUACAGCACCUGUAUCAUCUAUCAUCGCAUCAAGAUCAGGUAAAGAGAUCAUAUCAUCAUCAUGGGAUGGUAAUUUAAAUUUCUACAUUUUACCUAAUAUCGAACCUACCGAACAUCAAUUACCUUCUGAGCCACUGAGUUACCUACCAGGACAAGGUAAUAAGAAGCGAAGAAAGUUGGAAAAAGAAGCAGGACCGAAAGAUCCCGUGGAAGGUUUGACGGAUGGCGAUUCGACCGGUGAAGGAGGCUGGAGAAGAGCUCCAGAUGGCGUAAUGAGAGGUCACACAGGUAGAAUAGGUGGAACGGUCUGGGACAAAAACGAUAACAACAGGAUCUGGUCAGCUGGUUGGGAUGGCAGUGUGAGAGGUUGGGAUGUUGAAAAUGGUGCAGGAGUCGUUGUUAGGCAAGGACCUUUCGACAAAUCAGCCUUAUGCAUCGAUCAAUUUGCCUCAAACGGUACUUUGGCUACUGGUAAUAUGGACCGAACAAUCUGUUUAUGGGAUACAAGACAAGCAACAUCACUCAUCUCACUGACAUUACCAACCGCUUCACCUGUUCCAUCAAUAACUACUCAUCCAACUUCAUCAUUCACUUUAGCUUCCGCUACUUAUUCAGGUGUAGUCCAAAUCUGGGAUAUCAGAUCACCAAAACAUGCUUUAUUCUCAGUAUCAAAUUCUAAUCGAAAGAAAGAAGAUUCAAGAAAAGUAACUAAAAACGGCAAAGUCUUGGGCGAAAGAUUACUUGCUUUAGAUUGGGAUGGACAGGUUCUGGUCGCAGGUGGUGAAGAUGGUGAAGUCGGUAUUUGGAAUGCUACUGGUGUCUAG